CGUGCAACUCGUCUUGGUUGGCAGCGAUGGAGAAUGUGCUCAAAGACAUGACGUCGGCCGGUCCCGCGACGGCAGAAACAGUGGCACAGCAUGAGACGAGCAACGAGAUGCUUGUGCAUUCCUUGAACAAAUGCAAGUAGUGCGACGCAUGCUCCUUCGUCCCUGACGUGGUUGUGUGUGCUGACUUGUGCGCCAUGGCGUCGACACCAUUGUAGGCUCCAAGGUGACGUUCCUCGUACAAGCCAUGGAGAAGAUGGGGUGCAAGGUGAAAGACCUUCCAGACUUCUUCUCGAGCGAACAUUGCGAAGGCAACAUUAAUGGUGGGUUCAAACUGAACGAAGAUGGGCAACCUGGCGUCGUGCUGUGCCAGAACCACAUCAAAGAUCAAGAGUGGAUGGAUCGCACAUUGGCCCACGAGCUCAUCCACGCGUACGAUCACUGCCGUGCGCAAGUUGAUUGGAAAACCGACUGCGAUGCGCAUGCGUGCAGCGAGAUCCGCGCCGCGGCGCUCAGUGGAGACUGCGACUGGCACCUCGAAGUCUUUCGUGGCCAUUUCAACAUUGCCAAGCAGCAUCAGGUGUGCGUACGGCGGCGGGCCGAGCUCUCGCUCAAGUACAAUCCCAUGUGCACCGGGAAGGAAACGUCAUGCGUGGACAAAGUAUUCGAGACGUGCUACAAGGACCACUUUCCCUUUUCCGACAUUCCCAAGUAGGGCUCUAGCGUCGACAGCACGCUGGUCUAGCAUCACAUUAAGUUGAACGACAGACGGCAAUGCGCAGGACUCAGUAGCGGUGCUUCCGCCAGCGCGCAAACAACUUGAGGUAGUUGCCCCGAAAGAGCUGCGACAAAAUGCACGUCGAGAACCA